AUCCGAGCUCUUGUAUUCCCUCCUCUAUAAAACAUCAUACUACUCUUGACACCACCUCCUCACUUGAAAAUGAAGAUCCUAGAAAUAGGCGCCGUGUUCUCCGCUGUCAGCCUUGUUAUGGCCGGCCCAGCAGCCUAUGGCAUCUGCCAAGCAGGCUGUGCAGCAGUGGUGACAGCCUGCUACUCCGCCGCGGGCUUCACUUGGGGAGCCACCCUGGGGGCCUCUGCCCCAGCAUCAAUCCUCCUCUGCAACUCGGCUUUUGGAACAUGUCAGGCUGCGUGCGCUGCAACUCUUUUAGCACCAACCCUGUAGUAUUCAUUCAGUCUGGUGGAUGUCAAGGAACAGAACAUAUUCUCUUCAUAUGGUUCAAGGACUACAAUAUUGAAAGUAAUCGAGAAAGACUCAUGGUCUAUUUGAACUUAGUAGGAAUCUACUACAGAUAUUAUUUAUAUAUCAUACUUCUAGCACUGUUAUUGUCUAAAUUUAUUUUGACC